AUGAAUGUCCUUGUUGUCACCUUAUCGCUCAUUGUCUUAACUGAAACACAAUGGACUGUGCCAAUCAUAAACUCUGGUCUUAACGCUAUUCUGGAUCCGGGUCAAAGUCAACCAAUGGGAUCUUUUGACGGAUUCUAUAAACAUUCACCAGCAAACUACUACCCUGGAGUUGAUCCAUUAAUUGCACAACUAGCCCCACAAAUUGCUCAGUUUGGCUCACACUAUCCAGGAUAUGGUAUUCCAAUUAUUCCUACUGCUGCAUCUGCUAUCUAUCGCGGCUCUCGUAACAUUUUCAACUCACAACCAAUGAUGCCACCGAGUCAAAUGGAACAUAUACCACCAUUUAAUUAUCAGCUACCUGGAAUGCUCGGAGAUCAAAGAUUUUCUCUAGAACAGCUGAGAAGUGGAAUUCAGAAAACGGGAUACGGACAAUUCCAAGGUGACGACUUUAUGGGAAGUAUUGAAAAGCCGGCUUCUCUACCUCCAUCACAGCCAAUCAGAGUUAUACCACCGUUCAUGGAAAAACAAAGCAAGGAAGUACAGGAUAAGUUCUAUUCAAUCGUGCAACAUCCAACGUGGUCUGCUGCCGAAAAGAAUGCGAAAAUUGAAGAAAUGAUUGCUGAGAUGGACGUCGAUGUACAGAACUUGUACUCCAAAUACCAGCACACGUCUCUUAACGACAUGUACGCUAAGAGACAAAAAGUUCAUGAUGCUGUGGAAUCGAUGUCUCCAGAAGCUCAACAGCAAUUCCAGAAGGUUUCGGCACUGAUGACAAGUCCUGGCCUGUCUCAACAAGAAAGGCUGCUGAAAAUUCAAGAUCUCUACUCGAAAAUUUCCGAGUCUAUCAAGAAAGAGUUCGAUUCGAAAUUCAUCGACUUGUGA